AGUUAUCACGUCAUUCUUGUGAGGUUAUACGAAGGGAAGGUGUGUCACGUGCGAGCUCAGAUCAAUUCUAUUUCCGAGCUGCUGAUAUCCCGAGAUGGCGGCGAAGCAAGACUACGCGAUCGGCAUCGACUUGGGCACGAGCAACUCGUGCGUGGGUGUCGUCAAGAACGGACAAGUGGUCAUCAUCGCAAACGAACAGGGCGACCGCCUCACGCCGUCGUUUGUGGCUUUCACGGACGAGAAACGACUUAUUGGUGAGUCGGCCAAGUACCAACGCUCCAUGAAUCCUGUCAACACAGUAUACGAAGUGAAGAGACUCAUAGGACGCAAGUUCAGCGAUGAGGCAGUUCAGAAUAAAGUUCCCCACUGGCCGUACCGCGUUGUCAACGACAACGGCAACCCCAAAAUCUGCGUCCAGUACCGAAGGACGGAAAAGAUUUUCACUCCCGAAGAGAUUUCUGCUAUGGUGCUGGCCAAAAUGAAGGAGAUCGCCGAGACUUACUUGGGAUGUGAAGUGAGGAAAGCUGUUAUUACAGUGCCUGCGUACUUCAAUGACUCACAACGGCAAGCUACCAUCGAUGCCGGUACCAUCGCUGGUCUCCAGGUAAUGAAAAUCAUCCCCGAACCAACGGCUGCCGCCAUUGCGUACGGGGAAGACACCAGGGUCUCCAAGGAGACCAACAUUCUGAUCUUCGACUUCGGCGGCGGGACUUUCGAUGUGUCAAUCCUGAUAAUGAAGAAAGGCAAUUACGAAGUGAAAUCUGUUGAAGGAAACAGCCAGCUUGGAGGAGGGGACUUGGAUUCUCGUGUUGCUCGAUUUAUAAUCGAGGAAUUCGAGAAAAAAACUGGGCUGGAUGUAUCUAAGGACCCGAAAGCUCUAGCAAAGAUCACAAAAGCUGCCGAAAGAGUCAAGAUCAAUUUGUCUUCUCAAGUGAGGGACCGAAUUCAAAUCGAGUGCUUGAGUCAAGGCCAAGAUUUGGACUUGGGUUUGACCCGUAACAGGUUAGAGUUGCUCUGCGCCGACAUUUUCGACGAAACCUUGCAGUGCGUCGACACUGCGAUUGCCAACGCCGGGAUGACAACCGAUGAAAUUCACGAAGUGGUCUUGGUCGGAGGCUCGGCCAGGAUCCCCAAACUCCAAAAGAUGCUCAAAUAUAAAUUCCCAACGAAAAAAAUUAAAAUGACCAUCAACCCGGCAGAAGCUGUCGCGUACGGCGCUGCUGUUCAGGCAGCCAUGCUCAACAACGACCGGAGUGUUGAAGACAUUCAGCUGUCUGACGUUACCCCUCUGUCCUUGGGAGUGACUCUUUUUAUGGACAGAAUGAGCACAAUAAUCCAACGAAACACCAAAAUGCCAGUUACGAUAACGAAAACGAAUUACACGACCGUCAUUGAUUCUCAAAAAUCCAUGAAAGUCUUAGUUUAUCAGGGUGAGAACUCCGUUGCCUCAAAGAACAAUUUGUUGGGCGAGUUCACGGCUGAAGGAAUCGAAUUAGUAGCUGCUGGUGUCCCUACAGUUGACAUAACGUUUUCCUUGGAUAAAAACGGGAUUUUGAACGCGACCGCCGUGGACACGAAAACAGGAGGCGAAGGCCACGUGAGUGACCAUCUCAGUGAAUAA